AUGAGCGCCGCGUCCGACUCGACGUCAACCAGCGAUGCCUCGGCUGUGACGGUGCUGGCGCGGUAUCCGCUGCAGUGCGCCGAUGAUACCUCGCUGCGGCGCAUCGAGUCGCCGAUGCACCUGGGUCCCUUCGACCAGGUGGUGCCGCCUUUCGUGCCUAUCGCAGUCGUCUUCGUCUACCGACCCGAGGCGACUCCAUCAUCUCCAUCUCCAUCUCCGUCACCACCGAACAGUGGCAGCGAGCUGAUCCCAAUCGAGCGACUCCAUCGAGCCCUGGCCCACCUGCUGGACUACUAUCCGCAUCUGACGGGCCGUAUUGCGUUCAAUCCGCAGGACCAGACGCCCGAGAUCGAUCGCCUCGGCACCGGUGCCGAGCUGGUGUCGGCGCAGUGCGAUGCACCGCUUGAAGCGUUUCACGCCGCCGCUGCGGCCCCGUCCGACGACGACGACGACGACGGCGCCGCGCCGCGCCUGCUCGUACUGAACCUGCCCGGGGCCGGCGGCAACGCACUGCUGGCCCCGUUCGACCCCAGCAUGGAGGGCGUGUGUCGCGACCCGAUCUUGACGGUGCAGCACACGCGCUUCGCGUGCGGCGGCGUCGCGCUCGGCGUGCGCCUGCUCCACAUGGUCUGCGACGCCGACGGCUUCUUCCAGUUCGUGCGCGACCUGGCCGAGCUGUAUCGCGCCCUCCGCGCAGCCGACGCCGCCGGCACCGGCGCACCAGUGCAGCUCCGCCGCCCGCCUCACAUUCAGUCCUACCUGACCGACCUGUGCGAGCGCAUGCGGCCGGAGGAGCGCGAAGCGGCGCUCGCGUUCAAGCCAUCGGUCUUCGAACUCGACGAAGCCACGCCGCCUGCGCCAGCCGCGUCUGAAGCGCCAUCGGCCGAGCCUCCGCUGCAGACGGCAGCGGCGCCUGCGCCUGCGCCGCCCAUCACCGGUCGCGUGCUGCGCUUCGCCGCGCGCGAGCUCGAGGCGCUCAAGGCAGAGGCCAACGCGAGUGCGAGCGGUGGUGCGCAGCAGCAACUGUCGACUUUCGACGCUCUGUCGGCGCACCUGUGGCAGUGCGUGUACCGCGCGCGCCUGCGCUUGUGCGAGUCGCGGGGCAUGUCGGCGAGCGCGGCUGCGCUGCACGUGUCGCGCGACUUUCUGACGUCGGUCAACUGGCGCGGCCCGAGCCGGCUCGACCUGCCGGCGCGCUACUUCCCCAACUGCAUCUUCUGCCCCUUCUUCUCUCUGCCCGCCGACCGCCUGGCCGACGCGCCGCUGGCCAGCGUCGCUGCCGCGGUGCACGACGCCGUCCGAUCGCUCAGCCGGCAGGAGGCGCUGCAGUCGCUGCACUGGAUCGCCGCGCAGCCGAACAAGCGCCGGGUGCGGCUCGGCUUCCGCUUCGAGGCAGGCAGCUUCCUCGUGAGCCAGUGGUGCAAGUUCGACAUGUACCGCGGCGCCGAGUUCGAUUCGCUGCCGACGCUCGUGUCGCCGCCCUUCACGCCCAUCUCGCUUGUCGACGGGUUGGCCUAUUUUGUGGCCACCGAAGACCAGCUGCGCCAGUCGACAGCUGACGACUCGACUGAGGAGGGGCAGAACCCGAGCGCCGGAGCCACCACCGGCAGCAUCGAUGUCAACUUGUCGCUCAGCGAGCCUCUUUGGGCCAUUCUGGACCGAGAUGAGCGCUUCCGCCAAUACAGCAAGCAGGGCUAG